AUAUUUUUAUAUGAGAGCGAUCGCGCAACUACUCGGAAGUGACCAGAGCCUCUGCAGGAGAGAUCGAGUGACUUCUCGUGCACAUAACCUAACCGUUUCCGCGUUAUAACGCAUUACUAAUGCGUCAUUCUCUACAUAUCUGUUGAAUGUGAUAUAUACUCACGCCCUGCCUUAGCCGAACGUGGGCUUGGACUUUGAACGGGUGAUCGAUACAUCGGUAUAGUUAUUAUACUAAGAGAACAGAAAGCUUGUGAGGAUGCGUUGUACACUAGAGGGAGCGAGACGCAGGCUUACAUACAUGAAGGCAUCAACGAUCGUUGCUACGUUGACACUACUGCUACUGACUGCCAGCAGCACAACGGGAGAUGAGGUUCUACCAGUCGAACACCAGUGUCAGGUGCGACUAUUCACGCAGAGUACGAUCGGCAUCUUCAUAAUGAAGUUGCCGGGCGGGGUGACCUGCCGAAACACGCAGCCCGUCGCCGACUUCAGCGAGUGUCGGGGAUACUGCCCGUCACGCGACACCUUCAACACGAUCGUCAACGACUUCGAAAGCACGUGUAAAUGUUGUGCAAGCAAGGUGACGCGAGAUGUGCAGAUACAACUGUCGUGUGACAACGGCACACCAACGAUGCACACCUUCCGCCAACCGGUCAGCUGCGAGUGUAAGACAUGCAACCUGGAGAGUAAGGACGCAGGCUGGGAAGUACCAGGCGCCGUGCCGGAGAAGAAGAGGAAAUAGACGUCUCCAUGGCGAUUAGUGACGAUAUUUGUGCAACCGCACCCGCAGGAGACGUCACUUCGUCGCUGGCACCAGUAACAAAUAUCGUCGCUAUACUGACGCGAGUUUGUUUAGGAGCGUUUACAUAUACGUUCUUCACUGAAUCUUUUACCAUCGAUUAUACCGAUGCAUGUAUCCGUAGUAAUUCCUGGCUAAUAAAUUAUUCAAUUAUUAUUUAAUUAUUAUUAAUUAACGUAUCAACUAUAUAAUCACUGUAAUAACUCAGUAAAAAUACGUUGCCUUUAUGCUAGAGGAGGCAAUUAUUGAACUUACUAUACAAUGACGUGUCUCAAACGGCUGUCGUCUAGGCUUAAGAUUAGAUUACACAUAGUAAUAGUAUUGUUAAAUUAAAUUUCCGCAAAUAAUUUAAAAUGGGAUUAAAGUUUAAACCUGACAAUAGUCAUUUAUUUCUUCUUUCGAUUAAUUUGUCUUAAUCCCCGGCAACUGGUUAUUGUACAUGUUUUCCUCUCUCAGGUCUCUAAUUACCACUGAGGACGAGUUAAUACAUGAAUAUGUUUACAACUCCGUUGCCAACUUUAUAAAUGCUCUAUGUAAACAACGACCGCUGACCCACAGAUAAGCCGCAUGUAUGAUGUUUUUAUACCAUUUUCCGAAAAAAUAAACCAAAUAUAUAAGCCAA